CUUUCCUCCAACCAAAUCCAUCAUCAUCCCCACAAACAAAGAAAAGAAACGACCUUUACCUUCUCUUUUUUCUUGCAUUUCCAUAUCACCAUGAAAGAGCCAUCACCGACGAAACAAGGGGACAAGAGGUACGCCCUCUUGAUGGCGGCGAGGGACUCCGACUACGUGAAGAAAGCCUACGGCGGCUACUUCAACGUGUUCUUGGCCGCCUUCGCCGAGCAAGGAGAGAGGUGGGACUUGUUCAGGGUCGUCGACGGCGAGUUCCCAGACGUCGACGACCUCCAUUGCUACGACGGGUUUGUUGUGAGCGGCAGCCCUUAUGACGCCUAUGGAAACGACAAGUGGAUCCUCAAGCUAUGCUUCCUCUUACAAACCCUCGACUCCAUGAAGAAGAAGGUCCUCGGAAUCUGCUUCGGCCACCAGGUUCUGUGCAGGGCGUUGGGAGGGAAAGUAGGAAAGGCGAUGACAGGAUGGGAUAUUGGGUUGAGAAGAGUGAAGAUUGUGGAGGAUCUUCUGCCACCAUUUUCAGGGAGGUUCCUCGAGGAUCUGAGCCAGAUGCCACCGUCUCUGUCAAUCAUCGAGUGCCAUCAGGAUGAAGUGUGGGAAGUUCCAUCUGGGGCGGAGGUGAUUGCGUUUUCGGAGAAGACUGGAGUGGAGAUGUUCGCCAUUGGAGAUCACAUAUUGGGUAUUCAAGGUCAUCCUGAGUACACUAAGGACAUUCUUUGUAGUCUCAUCGAACGACUUCUCAACAACAAUUGCAUUGAGAGGGAGUUUGCUGAGAAUGCUAAGUUUGGGUUGGAAAUAGCCGAACCGGACCGAGCUCGUUGGGAGAAGAUCUGCAGGAAUUUUCUCAAGGGUAGAUACCAUAGAUUGGAAUCGACGUAGCUCAGAAUUUGAUAUUUUUAUUAUGUUAUUAUAACCGUGUGUCGAUGAUUCUUUCGUUUUGAUUGAAGAUGUCUUGUUAUUCAAAAAAAUAUGUGUAAAUUACCGUUUGUAUCCCUAGCUAGACUAAAUCCCUGGUCAGAUUGUAAACUAAGUCAAAUGCUGCCACUCAUGAA